GGCCACACGCCCCCAAAACUUCAUCCACCAGAUCCUCGCCACGUAAAUCCGAUCCGACGGCCUCCCCUGAUCCCCCAUCCGCCUAGAACUCUCUGGCUUCCCGUGCUUCCAUCGUCCGCUAUGAAUUUGUCAAAAACGAGUCGCGUUGUGCAACCGUGAUCGCGCCGCCUUACUUCUCAUCGCCAUUUCUUUCUCCACCUGAUCACCAGAGACGAUGUCGUCGAGCCUUGUUUCGGCUUUCGCUCCAUCGCCGAGCGAUAAGCUUUCGUCCAUGUCCAUGGUGAGCUCAUUUGCACCGUCUCUGAGUUUUCCACUGUCAAGUUCGACACAAAAGAACGUCCGUGUGGCGAGGGUGCGAGCCUCCGCAGAAGACGAUGGUCCAGCUCUCGUGGGCAUCGUCUUCCAGCCUUUCCAAGAGGUCAAGAGAGAAGAUCUUGCGGUCCCAAUGUCGCCUCAUCUCUCCCUCGCUCGUCAAUGCUAUUCCGACGAGUGCGAAGCCAACAUCAAUGAGCAGAUCAAUGUGGAGUACACUGCGUCGUACGUUUACCACGCCAUGUAUGCGUAUUUCGACCGGGACAACGUUGCUCUCAAGGGCCUUGCCAAAUUUUAUAAGGAGUCGAGUGAAGAGGAAAGAGAGCAUGCUGAGAAGUUGAUGGAGUAUCAGAACAAGCGUGGAGGGAAAGUGAAACUGCACUCCAUCUUGAUGCCGCAUUCGGAGUUCGAACAUGUCGAGAAAGGAGAUGCCCUUUACUCAAUGGAACUAGCGUUAUCACUGGAGAAGAUAACAAACGAGAAGCUCCUGGCCUUGCACAGGGUCGCAGAAAAGAACAAUGACCCGCAGCUCGCCGAUUUUAUAGAAAGCGAGUUCUUGUAUGAGCAGGUCGAAGCAAUCAAGAAGAUCGCAGAUUUCGUCACGCAGCUGAGAAUGGUUGGAAAAGGCCAUGGUGUUUGGCAUUUCGAUCAGAUGUUACUCCACGAAGGCGACAUGGUGUAACGUCGCAACCAGGGUGAUUGAAUUGAAUCUGUUCCGCUUUGCAGAUUGAACAAAUCAUCACCAGGAGAAAGCUUUCGAGAGCUUGUGUUUGGAAAUGGUUCAGAUGCUUUCCAAACAAAGUGCCGUUUCCUCGUUCUAUUUCGUGUUUCCUCGCUCUAUUUUGUAUGGUGAAUUGAAAGUCUGGGUAUAGAACUUUAGUCAUUGAAGGCUGCUUUACCAACAUGUCAUCUUUCCUUUCCAUUACCUCUAUAAAAUGAAUCAAGGCUGGUCUGCUGGACCGUGCCCUGACUCGCCCUCUCCUCUC